ACAACCUGAUGCUUUGCAUCAGUUCAACCUGGUGAGCGCAGACUAAACGUUCGAGUUGAGCGGUUAAAUAGGUGCAAGUAUCCUAACAUAUAGUAGUAGUAUUAAAUAAAAAAAUCCUCAGUCAAGUGAAAGUAAUCAGUAACUCUGCACGCAGCAUUCAAUAACGGUAACAACGCUUGAGAUAGUCCGUCAAGCCGUCAGCAAAGGAAACGCUCACACACAUAUUGCUUGCUUUGAGAAACUUGUUGACUAUCUGCAUUGUCUCUACGAAACGCAAUUAACUGUUGCUAUUGUUCUUGUUGUUGUUGGUGGGUUGGUUUUGAUAUUCAAUGUUGGCAUAAAAAUUUUCAUUCCACAUUGCAUCGAACUUGCUAACAUAUGGCAGUUUUUGUGCACACAUCAUCAACUGUGUAUGACAAUAUGCAACACGCUUAUCGCCGCCAACUUAGCCGUAAUGAGGCAGCAGCUGUUGAAUGGUGGGCCCAUUAUCAUGGCAUGCAAUGUACAACCACAACAACAGCAACAGCAACAAGACGAACAGCAGAACUCAUUAAGGCAACAAUGUAUUAGGCCACAGCAAAAGCAACAGCUACAACAACAACAAACGCAAUCAACAUCACUGCAAGAAGACCAACAAGAGCAACAACAACAACAUCCUCAGCAACAACAGCAGCAGCAAGCGAUAGAGCAACAACAAGCCACGACAGAAUGGCAGCAAUUGCCACAUCAGCAACAGCAGGAGCAAGAGUCGGCGAUGCAACCACAACAGCAGCAGCAACAACAACAGCCAACAACUACCAGCUGGCGUUGCUCGUUGCAUGCAACAAUUAAAUGGUUGCAUCGUCCGUCUACAAGCGUCACGUUGAUGUUGCAAUUGCUGUUGUUGCUGUCGAUAAAUGCAGCGGCACGUGGCGAAGGCAAUGUCGGCUGCCAAUUUGUGCGAACACUUUGCCUUCAGGGUAGCGAGGUCUGUUUUGAUGACAACAUCUUUGGAAAAUGCAUACCGACGACUGGCGUAGAUGUGGAGGAUAUUGAGAAAACACCCCUCACCGAGGAACAAUCCCGUACACUCGCCACAAUGUUGGAGGAGUUGCAGGGUGCCGGACUCGGUUGGGAUCAUCCCUACGUACAAUGCCGCAUACAAGGUACACUCUACUCACUGCAGAAACAGACCCAGCUACCACCGAAUCUUUGCGCAAACUUGGCACCCACACCUACUGAUAUCGACCCUGCUAGCGCUAUGGCUUUCGUACGCUUUACACCACCCGAACAGGAAUAUGUUGAUGGCGGAUAUUUCUAUCCACCACUAAAGAAGCAACAGAGACCACCAGAACGUAUGCAAGAAGAAGGCAAUAGUCUGAAUACCAUAUUGCAUGAGUUGCAGCUGCAGGACCAACGACAACAGCGACACGAUCCGCUAGAACUGGCUUAUUUCGAAAAAUUUGACACACAAGAGCCACCACAACUCGCACGGAGUGUAAUGGAUGCCUACUUGGAGAACGAACGUGCACGAAUACAACGCGAACAGAUGGAGCAAGCAGCCGAGUUGGAAGCGGCGCAGGAAAAUGCAAUGCGUAAUCGUUUGGAACUCUAUCAGAUGUUGGCAGCUUCUGAGCCGGAUCCACAACCGUAUCAACGUAAACCGAGUAGCGCGAUUGAGAAACUAGAACAAGUUGUUGAGCGCGAACGUGAAGCAGCAGCGCGUGUACUACCAUUAACACAACCACAACCCGUUGUUGUACCGGAUGAGUUGUCGAAUGAUUCCAACGAAUUGUAUUUUCCUGAACAUUUCAGCUCAUUCAAGCGUACUCCGAGCAAAGCAGCAAUCAAAGCUAAAGCCAAGCCGGUGCAACGUUCGUUCUUUCGCGAGUUGGCCGCAGAGCAGGGAUUACAGCAGGAACCGUUAGUGAAUAAUGACUUCAGUGCGAAUGCGAUCGAUGAAACUGAUCCGUUGUCGUUGCCAACCUACAAGCGUACGAGUGCCAAUGAUUUCGCCAACGAGUCCGAACGCAAACAAUUGGCUUUCGAGGAGAGUCUUAUACGCAACUCUUUGACACCGUUCGAAGAGGAAGCGAUGCUUUCCUCAAAUACUUAUGCGCGUAAUGCACAAAAACCGCGACCAGUCUUUACGGAGGGUGGUCUCGUCUAUGUGUCCGAAGAUGAGGAGGAGGUGCGCAAAGCCAAAGCACGAGAGUUGCUCGAAAGCAUGUUUGGAUUUACACGACACGAACGCUUGGAUGUGAAGAAACCGGGUCCAUUGAUCGGACCACCGCCAAAUGCUGUGGACGCAAAGGAUACGCAAAAUAAAACCGAAGUUGCUAGCGUUGGUAAUAAGGAAGUGCUGCCGGCGCACAUCAAAGGCAGUAAAGAGAGCAGUAAGAAGAAGAAAGUGCUGAAGGAUCACUCCGAUGAAGAUCAUGCUCCGCACACAGUCGACACCGAAUAUGCGCAUGUGUUCGUCAAGAACCCCAUUGAUAGCUGGAGUGACGGUGUGCGGAUCAUGAACGAAUUGGCCAAUAUACUACAUAUGCAAGGAUACUUUACCUAUUUAACCGUUCAACCGCACGAAGUCUCUUUCCGGGUGGACUCAAACAACCCGGAACACAAGACCGCCGCCGACAUAGCGCGCGUCAUCAACGACAAUCGCGGCGUAAAGAAUAACAUACUACGACGUCUGGGCUUCACCGUUGUGCAUGCUGGCGUGGGCGACAAGAUCAAAGACGAUGCUGAUGGCGUUUCGUCAUCGCGCAUAGAGCUGGCCGAACAGGGACCCGAUGUGACACAUAUUAUGGCUUAUAUGUUCGCCGGUGCUGGUGCUGCUGCGGUGAUUGUGAUUUUCAUAACACUCAUACUGAUCAAGCGACAUGACAAAAAACGCGAUAAGCUGGGUGGCUUGCAAUCAGGCAUCGGUGGCGCCGAGAGUUGCAGCAAAGACUAUCAAGAUCUGUGUCGUGCACGUAUGGCCAGCAAGAGUGCUCCCGAACCGGUAGCAAGUGGACGCAUAACAUCGUUGAGCAAGGAAAACGAUCGACCGCCAUCGUCACGUUCGAGUACCUCAUCGUGGAGUGAGGAACCGGCGCUAACGAAUAUGGAUAUCUCUACCGGGCAUAUGGUUUUGUCUUACAUGGAGGAUCAUUUGCGUAAUAAGGGACGCUUGCAGCGUGAAUGGGAGGCUUUGUGCCGUUAUGAAGCCGAACCGAGUGCACGCGAUGCCGCACAACAACCGCAGUGCGCUAGUUUGAAUCGACCAGGCGCUCCAUUACCCUACGAUCACUCGCGUGUGGUCCUCAAUCACUUGGCCAAUGCUGAGGGUUUGGAUUACAUCAAUGCUUCGACCAUUACCGACCACGAUCCACGCGCUCCGGCUUAUGUCGCCGCUCAAGGUCCCUUACCAACGACUCUGGCUCACUUCUGGCAAAUGAUUUGGGAACAAGGUGCUGUUGUUAUUGUAUCGCUGUGUCGCUUACAAGAGAAUGGCGAAAUUGCUUGUGCACGCUAUUGGCCGGAGGAGGGUGCCGAGGUUUAUCACAUCUACGAGGUUCACUUGGUUAGCGAACACAUUUGGUGCGAUGAUUACUUGGUACGCUCUUUCUAUUUGAAAAAUUUGCGAACCAGCGAAACACGCACAGUGACACAAUUCCAUUUCCUCUCUUGGCCACAAGGUGGUGUGCCGGCGCAGGCUAAAGCCUUAUUGGACUUCCGAAGAAAAGUGAACAAGUCCUAUCGCGGUCGCUCCUGUCCGAUUGUUGUGCAUGGUAGCGCCGGCGCUGGACGAACUGGCGCCUACAUACUGCUCGAUCUCGUCUUGGGACGCAUGAAUAAGGGAGCACGUGAAAUCGAUAUCGCCGCCACAUUGGAACACUUGCGCGAUCAACGUGCUGGACUGGUAGCUACACGACAGCAAUUCGAAUUCGUUCUGAUGGCAGUAGCCGAAGAAGUGCAUGCGAUACUGAAGGCCCUACCGGCAAAUCAAUCAAAUGAGAAACGUGAAUUGGAGGCAAAGGAAACGACAACUGGCACAUUGAAGGAAGAGGAAGCAGGCAGUGAAGAAACGGUGGCAACAACAUCCAAAGCGACGAAAGAGAACGCGGGCAAACCGACUGCAGCAGCUGCGGCACCAUCAGCAACUGGCGCAAAAGAGAAAGAGCAACAGCAGCAAAAGAAUGGCGGUGGUGAGAAAGAGCGCGAAAAGGCUGGCAAAGCGGAGGUGAAGGACUCAAAGCCAGCCGCAGCAGCACCAGCAACUCCAUCAAAGUCGGCGAAGAACAAGUAAAUGCGCUAAGCGGUGGCGGCGGUGUGUGGUUGGUCGUGCGGCGUGAGACUGCGCGGCAGAGAGGUUGUUUAUUUAUGAAAAAUUUUAUUAUUUCAAGAAAAGUGAGUUGGUUUCUUUGAAGAGCGGAGUUUAUACAAUUAAUAUUAUAAUUUUCGUAAAUACAGUUAAUUUAAAGGCACGUGGUAUGCUGGCGAGUUCGAAACGGGCUACAUAUGGUUGGCUAGAAGUUGGAAAUUUAUUUUUUUUUUUGGAAAUUUUUAAGCUAUCGAAAUUUUUAGGUUUCUUAAAUCACAUAAAAUAUAAAAAUUAGCUUGUUAAAUUGUUUCCGUAAACUGUGCAUAACAACAAAAAAUCGUAUUCCAAUUUAAUUAAAAUAAAAUUUAAUUGACAUAAAAUUUAAUCAAUUGAAAAUUUAACAUUAAACACUUAUAUACGUUCAGUUAUGUCGCUUAGACGCUACAUUUUGCUCUCCCAUUAACGCGUCGCCGCUUCAAUAAAUCAUUACAAUCCAGCCCAUUGGAGCGGUACGUCUUAUGAGAGUAAAUGGCGCCUGUGUGGCUAGCAAGCUGAACAACACAAAACACAAACCCACACACAUAUUUACAUGUUUAAAUUAAUUAAUUAAAGUGAAAAUAAAAAAAUAUGAUAUGUUUAGAGAUUUAGACCGCAAGCAAAAACCAUAAACACAAAUUAUUUAUUAAAUAUUAAGAAAAUGCAAAAAUAUUGUUAAACAUAUGUAAAAUUAUCAUACAAAUACUAUUAUAUUAUAUAUACAUAUUAUGAAUGUUUAUUUGAAAAAACAAAACAACAAAAAACAAAAAAUAUUAAUUAAUUAUAUAUAUAAAUAUAUAUAACUAUCAUAAACAAAAUAAAUAACUGUAUUAUCGAUGUGCAUGAACAACUAUUUGAAAUAACCGCGUAUAUAUGUACAAGACAACAACAAUUGCACAAAGAACUACCAUAAAAACAGAUUUUCGAAUGAAAGCUCCGAAAUCAUCAAUACAACAAAGCUUUCCGCAUGAAAGCUCAGUAAGCAUCAUUUGUAAAAAAGGAAGCUUUUCGAAUGAAAGCUCAGUAAGCAUCAUUUCUAAAAAAGGAAGCUUUUUGUAUGAAAGCUCACUUCUAAAAAAGUAAGCUUUUUGUAUGAAAGCUUCGAAAUCAGCACUACAACAAAGCUUUUCGUAUGAAAGCUCUGCAAACAUCACUACUACAAACACAACACACACGCGCACAGCCAACUACAACAAUUCCGACAGCAAAAUAUAAUUUUCAAUGCAUUCUUUUAAAUAUGACUCUGUACUACAACAACAACAUGCAUGUAUAAGUGUUAUUAAUGGAUUUCUAAAAAAAAAAAUAAUUUCAUUUGUGAUGUGCAAAAUAUUAAAUAUUUAAAAAUCACACAACUAUAGCAUAUAUUCACAACAACAACAAAUAUAUGUUUCAAUGUCUUGUCAAGCAGGCAACUGCAACUACAACUAUAUAGAUAUAUAUAUAUAUAUACGAUAAAUACAUACAUACAUAUAACCUAUAUAUGUCAUAUAUCAGUGUAAUGUGUACCUUAAAAAUGAAUUACAACAACAAAAAAAUAUCAAAACUAUUCAAAUAUAUUUAUGUGCAAAGAAAAAAACACAAAUAUUUACAAAUGUAUUAACUUUAAAUGAAAUCUUACAUAUAUGCAUAUAUAUUCAUAUAUAUACUACAUAUAUAUAUUUACAAAACACUCCAAUUUAAUUAUGUAUGUAUAUUUGAAAAUACCACAUCAGAUGCAUUCCGAGCUAAAAUUGUUAUUGAAAAAGUAUCUAUAUUUUUACUUCAAUUAUUUGUGUGUAUAUAUAUGUACAUAUUUUGGCUAUAUACACUUAAAACAAACUUUCGAUGUAAUAUGUGUAAGCUUUCAAGCACAAAAACCAACUGCACAGCUAACUGUAAAAUCAAAAAAUUAGCACAAGAGCGAGUAAUAAUAAAAUAAUUAAAUUUUUAAAAGCUAACAAGUGAAAGCUUUCCCCAACAAUUUAUUAAAAAACAAAAAUUAACACGCUUCUCAGCACUAAAGCAAGCACGUGCACGUGAGCACCUGAAUGUGUGAGCUUUCACUGACAGCUGUGUUAGCUUUCGCACAAGCUUUCACUUAAAGCACUGUGCUGUCACCGACACAAACAGCCAACUUACACUGACAAAAUCAUUUUUGCACGCACCGAAUAAAGUUUGCAUGCACGUGAGCACCUGAAUGUGUGAGCUUUCAGUGACAGCUGUGUUAGCUUUCGCACAAGCUUACACUUAAAGCACUGUGAAAAACUGUUUUCACCGAAAACAGCAAACUUGCACUGUCAAAAUCCUGUUUGCACGCACCGAAGAAAGAUUGCAUGCACGUAAGCACCUGAAUGUGUGAGCUUUCACUGUGUUAGCUUUCGCACAAGCUUUCACUUGAAGCACUGUGAAAAACUGUUUUCACCGAAAUCAGCAAACUUGCACUAUCACAAUCAUGUUUGCACGCACCGAAGAGAGUUUGCAUGCACUUGAGCACCUGAGUGUGUGAGCUUUCACUGACAGCUGUGUUAGCUUUCGCACAAGCUUUCACUUGAAGCACUGUGAAAAACUGUUUUCACCGAAAACAGCACACUUGCACUAUCACAAUCAUGUUUGCACGCACCGAAGAAAGAUUGCAUGCACGUGAGCACCUGAAUGUGUGAGCUUUCACUGACAGCUGUGUUAGCUUUCGCACAAGCUUUCACUUAAAGCACUGUGCUGUCACCGACACAAACAGCAAACUUACAUUGACAAAAUCAUUUUUGCACGCACCGAAUAAAGUUUGCAUGCACGUGAGCACCUGAAUGUGUGAGCUUCCACUGACAGCUGUGUUAGCUUUCGCACAAGCUUUCACUUAAAGCACUGUGAAAAACUGUUUUCACCGAAAACAGCAAACUUGCACUGUCAAAAUCAUGUUUGCACGCACCGAAGAAAGAUUGCAUGCACGUGAGCACCUGUGUUAGCUUUCGCACAAGCUUUCACUUGAAGCACUGUGAAAAACUAUUUUCACCGAAAACAGCACACUUGCACUAUCAAAAUCAUGUUUGCACGCACCGAAGAGAGUUUACAUGCACGUGAGCACUUGAACGUGUGAGCUUUCACUGACAGCUGUGUUAGCUUUCACACAAGCUUUCACUUAAAGCACUGUGAAAAACUGUUUUCACCGAAAACAGCAAACUUGCACUGUCAAAAUCAUGUUUGCACGCACCGAAGAAAGAUUGCAUGCACGUGAGCACCUGAAUGUGUGAGCUUUCACUGACAGCUGUGUUAGCUUUCGCACAAGCACUGUGAAAAACUGUUUUCACCAAAAACAGCAAACUUGCACUGUCAAAAUCAUGUUUGCACGCACCGAAAAAAGUUUGCAUACACAAAAUAAAGCUUUCACAUGCAAAUUGCAGCUUUCACAUACAAUUUGGAUCACAAGUUGAAGCUUUCACAGGAAAUUUAAAGCUUUGACACGCUAUUUUCACACACAAGUUGAAGCUUACACAGGAAAUUUAAAGCUUUAACACGCUAUUUUCACACAAAAGUUGAAGCUUUCACACGCUACACACAUACAGCUUUCACUUAAAUAAUUAAAGCUUCAAAUAAAAAUGUUUGAGCUUUCACGCAUUAAACACAGCUUUCACCACACAUAAUGCACUAUCAUUUGUUUACAAAAACAAUUAAACUUAAAACAUUGAGCUAUUUAUUGUAUGAAUGUUGAUUUGAUAUAUGCAACUGUAGCACGCUUUAAAGCUUAACUACUUAUGUGUAAACGGUUUUUGUAUGUCCAUAUAUAAUAUAUAGUAUAUAGAUAUACUUUACACAUAUACAUGGAAUAGGUGCACAUACUGAAGAAUAUAACACACGUAUAAUCACUAAUUUACUUAAAAAAAAACCAAGAGCAACCAUUUUCAAAAGCUUCAUGGCACACAAAAAAGCACACCCUUCAAAAUUUCAUUAUUUGCAAAAUUUCCAUAUUAUACAAUUUUACUUAACUUUUCUACGAGGGCAGCUAAAAAUUGUAGAAUUUUGCAAAUUCGUCAUUUUGGAGUGCAUAAAGAGCACAAGCUUUUAUGAUAAAAUGAAAGCACAAUGAUAAAAAAUUUAUAAGAAGAAAAUAUAAAAAAUGCACAAAAGCACACAAGAGCUUACAACAAAAUUGUUGCAAAGAAAUGCACAUUAAAAUAAUAAAAAAAAAAAACAUUUUGAAGUACUAAAGCUUUUAAAGACACGUAACAAAAGCAAAAAAUGUAAAAUGUCACUUUUAAAAGCACUUUGAAAAUACCAAUCACAAUAUGUCAAAAGACAAAAAACAAAAAUAACUUGUAAAUGGUUUUCAUUGGCACAGUUUGGCAUGGAAAUGAAAAUCAUUGAUUUCACAUAUAUGUGAAAGCUUUCAGCAAGCUUUCAUAUUUCCGCUAAAGAGAAAUGUUAAAGCGCACAAUGGAAAGAAAGAAUAGUGUGAGAUGGUGAAGAAGGAAGAAGAAGCAGAAAAUUAAAUGCUACUAAAACAAGCACAAAAAGCUUUAAGGCGGUCAUUUUGAAGUUGAAGCAUUUUAGGCAAUGUUAAGAUUAUAAAGUCUUAAAACGCACAUACUUUUUUAGGCGAUCUAAAACACAAGUCAUACAUAGUAAAUGAGACACAAGAACAAAAACACACUUUCAUCAACGACGAUUUAAAGCUUUUAAAAUUCAAUAACUUUAAAUCUUUCUUUAAAAGUUCAAUUGUUAUGUGAUCAACUAACACAUACCCACUUUUAGUGAGCAUUAGUUUAUUUAAAUUACAGUUAUUCAAUCGUUUUUAACAAAUGUUUUUUAUAAAAAAUUGAUUUUCGUCUGUUUUGUUUCAUUUAUUUCAUGUUCUUUCGUUCAACUUUUUGUUGUUGUCACUUGUAUUAGAAAAGUGAUAUUCCUAACACAGAAACUACAAAGCUUUGACAAUAUUUUACAGUUAAUAUGAAUAUAUUUGCGACUAAGGUCUUCUCGCUAUACGGUACAAAAGAGCUCCUCAAUAAUUUAAGGCGCAGAUUUCAUUUUAAGGUUUAAGUGAAGCGUGGGUUUUUAAGAUUAUGUGGCAUAGUUUUGAAACACAUAAAUACAAUCAUCUUAUACUUCCAUAAAAAAACAUAAAACUAUCAGUAACACUCAAAACAAUGGUACAAAAUACUAUACACCUCAUACACUGCACAAACUGAAGUUGCUGUCAAAUUAGCUGGGAAAACUUGCUGGAUGAGAAAAAAAUCUGCGAGAUUUGAGCGCUUCACUGACAGCAACAAAAACACAACGCAACGCACCAAAAUUAAAAAAAAAAAUUUAAGCACGCAAUUAAAAAAAUUCUGAGAAAAGAAUUAUAAAAAUAUAAUGAGUGGUAAAAGGUAUGGAGAAAUGUGGUUUGACAGUAAAUAAUUAUGAAAUAGUACAAAAUAAAAGAAGAAAAAUUGUUCGAAAUCAACUAAAUGAAGGAGACACACAAACAGUGCUUAGAAAAGGAGAUUUUUGAAACUAAAAAUUAUAAAAAAAAAAUAUGAACAGUUCUAUAUAUGAUAUAUAUAUGAUAUGUUCUAUAACAGUUCCAUUCACUUGGCAAGUUGAAAAUAAAAUUAAAUUCAGUUCAGCGCACAUGCAACUAAGACAACAAAAAAAUAGUGAAAUUUCAGUGAAAUUGAGCAAAUAUUUUUAGUUUUUCCACAGUUCUAUGCAUACAUAUGAUAUUUACAUACAAAAAUAGCAAAAAUCCACUUCAUUUGAAAUAGAAAAUAAACGAAAUUUUAUUGAAAACAUGAAAAAAACUGCGUUGGAAAUUUCAUUGAAAACAUGAAAAUGAAAUUGAAAUCACUGCGAUGGCAAAUGAAUGAUUGAAGUCCAUAAAGAAGUAAAAAAUAAAUGAAAUACGGUUCACAUCAUGGCAUAACAUUUAUAAAUAUGCAGCAUAGUUGAAGAUUACGCAUAAAAUAAAUAAAAAAUUUAAUUAUUAAAAAAUAAAAUAUAAAAAAAGUUGAAAGAUUCUCACGUUAAAAUGAAGUUUAUAUAAAUUAUUAACAAAAGUUACGCAAAAAAAAUGCGACAUUAAAUUCAAGUAGUUUGCAAAAUAGACAAAAUGAAACAAAAAAUUAAAAUUAUAUAUUAGCGUUCUCGAAAAUUGUUACUAAUCAUUAGCACAAAAGUUAUAAAAGCAUUAAAUAUAUAAUUAUACAUAUAUAUAUACAAAUAUAUACAGGUAAAAAGUUCGUUAAAUUUAUGCGCAAAACAAAAACAUGUUUGAAAACAGAAUUUAAAAAUCAUGCAAAACUAUAUAAGUAUAUAUAUAUAAUUAAAGAACAUAUAUAUAUAUACAUAUACUAUGAAGUACUUAUGCUCUACUAAGCUUAAGCAUUAAACUGACUUAAACUUAAUUUCCUUUUGAGUUUUAAAAAGCAUUAUUGAUUUCACACUCGUUUCAGUUUGAGUUUCGGUUUUUGACAAGAAACUCAAACAACAACAACAAAACAUUACACUUGAAACAGCAAAUUAAAAGCUAGUCAAAGACACACGAUUUUUCGCAAACAAACUAUUUAUAUAAAAACAAUAUUACAAUAACUGUGGCGAUCUCGAAACACCAUCACCAACUGAGAUCCCGAAAAUUAUGAAUUAAUUCAUUGAAAAAAUGAAAAAAAAACAACAAACAACAAAAAUGUGGUAGAACUAAAAUUAAGUUAUUUCAAUUGAGAAAAAAAAAAUAAAUAUUAUACAUAAAUAAUACAUACAUAUAUAUAUGCUAUGUACACAAGUACAUAAGAGUAAAAAAAAAAAAAAAUUAAAGCAUUCAAAAGAAAAAAGAAAAAGAAUUUUCACAAAAUUUUCAAUGUCGUUUCAUGCAACGUUGAAAGUUCAUAAAAAAAAAAAAAAAUUUUUAAAUAAAAAAAUAAUUAAAUUAAAUAAAAGCAUGCAUAUUAAGUAGUGAAAUCAGCAGUAAUUUUCAACAUUCACAUUCAAGUGCAAAAAAAUAUAUGAAAUAUAUGUGUAAAUAUGCAUCAGAAAACUACAGUAUAUACAGUAUAUAUAUAUAAUUCAGAAGUAUACGUACAUAAGUUUCAACAAUUUGAUUGAUUGAUUGUUGUAAUUAUUAACAAAAAUAAUAAAUGCUGUAAUACAGACAUUAUGCGAAGUGCGAAGUACGAUUUUUGAGCGCCAAAACUGCAAGCAGAAAGAAGAAGAAGAAGAAGCAUAUAUUUAGUGGCAAGAAGGAAAAAUAAGUAAAUUAAAACUAAAAAAAUAAUAAAUUAAUUAAUAUUUACAUACAUACACAAACAUAAAAAUACUUUGCAUCUUCAAAAAAUAUGAAAAAUGAGCAAAAAUUUAUGUAAAAGCUUUUAAGUUCAAAUUUCAUUUAUGCUGCAUACAUUUUCAUGAUGGUGUAAACUGAAAAAAAAAUAUAUUUACAAGAAAUUAUAAACACUGAAAAAAUAUAAAAUUAACAACUUAUAUGAAGGAAAAGCUAAUGAAAGCUCCAAAAGCUCCAAAAGCUUAGGAAAGCUUAGACACAAAGAGCUUUAAAUAAAAAAAAAAAGUGGCAGUAAGUGGUGGGAUGCGUAGUAAAACACAAUAAAAUCACAGGAAACGCAAAAGCUUUCGGAGAGCUUACAAAAGCGACAAGCCAAAAUAACAUAAAGCGAUAUGAAGCUGAUAAGUAAAUAAGAACUUUAAAAAUAUUUCUCGAAAAAAACUUUCAGAAACUGUGUUUUGGAAAUAUUGACAUGAUUAUGCUUUAACCAAAGCUUUUACAAUGAUUUAAAGCGAAAGCUCUUUCAAAACUAUGCACUUGAGUACGAAAACAAGCAGCUCAACUCUAGCGGCAGAAAGACAAACGCUCUUUUGAAGCAAACGUAACAAGAAAAGCUCAACUUUCCAGAAAAUGAAAGCUUUCUCAUUUAGACGGCGAUAAUUGAAUACAAAAAGCUGUACGAAAUUAUCAUUAUAAAGUUAAAAACUUUCGAAGAAGAAACCGCAAAAAGCUUUACUAAACCGAAAGCUCUCAAGCAACUUAAACAAGUAUUAUCACGCGCAGUUUUACAACAACAACAUGCCGACAUGCUAAAAAAUAUAAAUCAAGUUGGAGCGCAUCAUUAUCCAUAUCUUCGAAAGCUUUACGAUUGAGAACAGAGCUUUUCGGUACUUACGCACAACAUUUAAAGGCGCCAACUAUACUUUAGAGAGCAGCUAUAGAUGACUUUGAGAUGGGAUUUCAACAAAUGACAGGGCAUGGAAAAGCAAGUGGUCUCUUUUGAGCAGUACGAUUGGAAUGAAACGAAACAAAUAAACCGGAAAAUAGAGAAGAAACAAAAAUACAACAAAUAAAUACAGAAAUAAAUGAAACCAAAACAAAUAAUUUAUAAACUUCUACCUCGUUGGAAUGAAUUGUGGAGAGUGGAGCUUGAGAGAGUGCAUUAAGUUGUGAGAUUUAGACAAGAUAUGGUAUUAUAAGUUCCUAAAAAAUAUACAACUUAUGACAAAAACGCACUACGGACCAACGACUGGGUAACAAACUACUAAAACUAUAAACUAGCACCCAAAACUGACCUUACUGACUGCAGUGACUAGCGGGCGGGUGUUCAGCAGGUGACAUAGUACAAAAACAAAUAUAUUUAAAUACAAAAUUCGAAAACCAAAAAAAAAUAAUAAUAUAGUUUUAAGCAAGAGAAGGCGUUGAAGGGAAAGUGAAAAAAAAAACAACUAGAAAUGGUACAGGGGGUUUUUGAUUUAUAAGGGAGAGCGAGAGAGCGAGAGAUCGAAGGUGAGCGUAAUGAGCAGAUGUAGGCGACAACUGGAAGAGGUCUGAGAGUGGACAGUAAACAGCGACAAUUUCAAUAAAAACUAAAAAACAAUAUCAAAAGCACAUAAAAUGACUUUCAACUUUUGACAGCUAAAACAAUAAUAGUAAAAAUAAACGGUUUCUGUAGAGUUGAGCUUUAAGGUGGAGAGAGUGUGAGAGUGAGUUGGAGAGAGCAGUAGCAUAGUAGCGUGAGAUAGAUAGAUAGAGAGUGUUGUGUGGUGAAGAGGGCAGUGUUAGUAGAUACGAAGUACUGUUAUAAACAACUGUUGAAGAGCGCCUAACCGGAAGUUAUAGCUAGCUACUUUUUAGAGUAUACAACGCGUUUUUUUCGGCCAAAUUCAACUUUCUAGUGGAAAAAAAAUCGCAUAUUAUUUAACAAAAAUUAUAUAUACUUCUCUCUCUAUGUUUCAAGCAACUAAAUUAAAGGAACAAAAUUAUAAAAAAAACUAUAUUAAUGGAUGUAACGUAUAAAUAUGUAUGAGUCUAAAUAAAAUAUGAGCAACUAUAAUUAAAUAAAUAAAUAAAUAUAUAUGUGUACAUGUGAUGGGAUAAAAAUUAUUAUUUAAAAAAUAUAUAUACAUACACUAUAAAAAUAUUAUAUUUAAAAAAAAAGAUUAAAUAAUUUAUUAAGCAAACAAAAUGACGUUCAACAAUUGUUAAAAGCUUACAUGUGUAGAAAUUAAUUAUUAUGCAUUUAUUAAAUAUAUACUUAUUUCAUUUCAAAUUAAACGUAGUCAAUAUUGUUGUUGUAUUUAAAGUGAAAAAAAAACAUUUUUGAAAAAAAUUACAAAUUAUUUAACGAAAAGUUUUAUGAAGAAGAAGUAGAAGAAAGAGAGGAGAAGAGAAAAAGUGAAGCGAUACAUAUAAAAAGUAUGGAAAAGAGGUAUAAGGAGGAGAAGCUGUCACAGAUACUAUAUACCAACAUGAAAAUACAUAUAUACACACAAAACAAAAAUACACAGUGAGAAAUAAAGGCAACAAAGAGACACAUAAAAUACAGAAAUAAACAAAAAUUAAAAAAAUUUGCAGCAACAACGUGCUUAUAAUGAAUACAUACAACAACACUUAUAAGCAUAAUUCUAUUUAGACACAUUAGAGUCUAUACAUAUAAAGAAAAUAAAACUAAAAUAAAGGCUUUCAUGCAUUUUUGGUGUAACUACUGGUGACGGACACAUGAAAAAUAUAAGAAAAUAUUAAAUAAAAAUAUUAAAAAAAAAAUUAAUAAGAAAAUUGCUGGAUUUUACAAGCUAAACUAGUUCCAGCAAACAAAUAUAGCAAAAUAUAUAAAUGUAUAUGCACUAAAAAAAAAUAUUAUGAAAUCUUACAAAAUAUUACUCUAUAUGUGUUGUAUGUCAAAGAAAAAUAAAACAAAAAUUUAAAUAAAAUAUAUAUAUAUGUAUAUGUAUACGCAAAAUAUAGAUGUUAAAUAAAUUUUGAAAAAAAAAACUUAAUAAAAAUGUUUUAAAUAUAUAUAUAUAUGUAUAUGUGCACGAGAAAAUAUAUACUGGCUGAGUGCAGAAUUUGCGUAAGUGUCAUACUAUGAGAUGAGAGUACAAGCAUAAAUUAGGCUUAAAAUACUUGCUGAUAGAAAGAACAACAGACAAAAGAUGGUAGCUGACAAGAAAAGAGAAAAGAGAAUCUACACUUAACAGACCACAAACAACAACAACAACAAGAAACAUACUUAACAUACAUACCUACGAGAAGAUUUUUUGCGAUAAAUAUAUGAAAUAAAUAUUUAUCGAAAAAUAAAUAAAAAAAAAAAAUAUUCAAAAUGAAUAAAUGAUGAUUAAAGAAAGAACGCUGAAAAAAGAGUUGCUUAGAAGGCAUAGAAGGCUUGAAAAAUAUGUGAAAAAAAAUACUUAAAAAAUACUUAAAAAAAAAAUAAAUAUAAAUGUACUUCAUAUAAAUGUCAAAUAAAAUGCAUGUAACCAGCAGAAUAACAAUAAAUGUUUUCAAUUCAAUGAAAUAGAUGUGCACAAUAAAUGUGGAUAAAUGGCAACAAUAAAAUAUACACCGAAAAAAAAAAAAAAAUACACUGAAAAAAAAAUUAUGAACACUAAAAAAAUUAAAUCCCCCGAAAAAAAAAAUAAAAAUAAAAAAUACACUGGAAAAAUUAAUAUACACCGCAAAAAAUAAGCACAUUGCAAAAAUUAAUAUACACCGCAAAAAAUAAGCACAUUGCAAAAAAUAAUAUACACAGCAAAAAAUAAUAUACACCGAAAAAAAAUAAGCACAUUGCAAAAAAAAAUUAAACAGCACAUACACAGCACAAAAAAUAGUACUUAAUUAAGCAAACAAGCACAAGCACUAAUACAUCACUUGGUAGUCAAAUACUACUCCAAAAUUGCAAUAACAAUAAUAGUACACUGAAAAAAAGCAACAAGUCAGAUUUUUUUUGCAAAAGAAAAAAUUAUCUACAUGGCGCUUUUUGAGAGAGUGGUAAGCAGCAUAUACAACUACAUACUUGCAUUUAAAAGCACAAUUUUCUGAAGUGAAACAAUAAAAAAACAAAAACAACCAACAAAACAAAAAUUAAAAAUAAAAUUUGCAAACACUAAGAAACAAAAACAAAGCUAAUGUGUGUAAAUUUAUGAAUAUGUAUGUAAUAAAUAGUAGCAAAAAAAUAUUUAAAUUUUUUUCCAAUAAAAUAAGACGCAAAACAGUCAACCAAGAAGUCACAAGAGAAAAUUACAGAAAAUCACUGAAAGCAAAAUGAAAGAAAAAAAAACAACAAAUAAAGCGAGCAAAAUAAUAAGCACUAAAUAUAGAAAAAAAUAUAAAAAAAUUCAACUGCGACGUGAGAAAUAAAGCAAGAGAGUUAUCCAACCAGUUGUGUGGCAGAGAAAACAGUUAAAUCAACUUAGCGUAGACACAAAUCAGGCGUAGCUGAGUUGAGAGUGAAAGAGUAAAGAGUAGAGAGUAAUAACUCAGAGCAUAAGCAACAUGAGUGAGUGAGCAAAGUAUGCACAGCGUAAUAAUUAGGAGUACUCGCACCCAAUACAUAUAAAUAACGGCAAACGCGCAGAGCUACGCGGCACAAAUGAGCAAACGAGCAAAUAUAGCAUUAAUAUAACGGCACAUAUGUUUUCACUCACGCCAACUAAAAGUAGACUGCACUCUCUCGUAUCACUCACAUAUUCGCUCACGUAACGUACACCACAGAAUUGAAACUGUCAAACAACGUUUCAAGUUGUUUAUAGCAAAGAACACAUUGCACAAAAAAAAAGAGUUUUCUGAAAAAGCACAUCACAAAUUUUAACGGUAAAAGAGCACUUUUUUAACUUUUUUGAAACUAAAUACAUUUAUUUGAUUUUAUGAAAUACUUGAGAUUGAAGGUUGAUUCUUUUUUUAAUGCCCACAAGGGUUUUUCGAAGAGCAUAGUUGUAGUAAAGGCGAUACUAUUACCAACUAAGAUAUUUCAACAUUUGAGCCUUUUAAUGUGUUAUUUUAAAAAUUGAGAUUUUUAAUGAGUUUUUUCACUAUUUGAGAUUUUUAAUGAGUUAUUUCAAGAUUUGAGUUUUUUAAUGAGUUAUUUACAAAUUGAGAUUUUUAAUGAGUUAUUUCAAUAUUUCAAAAUUUUAAUGAGUCAUUUCAACAUUUGAGUUUUUAUUGAGUUAUUUCUACAUUUGAGUUUUUUUUAAUUACUGAAAGCACUCAUUCUAUUUUUUUGUCAUUUUCAAAAGUGAAAAUUUUGAUUUAAAAGUCUAAUGCACAAUAUGAAUUAUAUAUGGCACUUUAAAAUUAUUUUCAUUUAAGUUCUUAAGCGCACUUUAAAUGAAAACAAAAACUCACUCAAUUUAUAUUUAAUUUUUUUGGGUAUAUUUAUUUUUUAUUAGAAAUUUGAAACGUAUACACCAUAUCGUUUCGGUAUUAUUUAACAUUGGGUAUGUGUUAGUAUUGAGUAUUUUAAUGAGUUUAGCAAAUAUGUGACUCAAUCGAAUUCUGAUGCUCAAAAGAAUUGAGUAAGAAAUGAUUGAGUGAGUCAAGUGAGUUUCAAAACUAUAAAAAAUCAUUCAAAAAUUAUUUCAAAGCAAGAUUAUUAUCAAAAUAUUAGUCUUACAACAUUUUAUUGUACAAAAAAUUGCUUUGUGCGAGUCGCAUGAAAAACACUCAAUUUAUAAUUAACAAUUUGAGCACAUUUUAAAUGACAAUUUAGUCAAUUUUAAUUAAUAUUUUCAUAAAAUCACAAAAAAUCAACCAAAAAACAAUAAAUAUCCACUCCAAACUCCUUAAAUACACUCAAAAUACACAAAAAAACACUCACAUUUCCUAUACACAAUACUCAAUUUUCAUAUGCACUCAAAAUUGACAUUGUGUAUAUGUAUACGGUUAUUUCAAAAGCAGCAACAACAAAAGUGUCAUUCGAAGUCUUAAUUAUUAAAUGGAAGUUGUGCAAAAAAUAUACGUUUAAAAAAAAUAUUUAAAAAAAAAUUAAAAUAGUGGCAUGAAAAUUAUGAGAAAAAAAUAUAAAAAACUUCAAAAUUAUGAACCCACAAACAAUCACACAAACAUUAUUUUAAAGUAAACAAAAAAAUAUUAUGAUUAUAAAAAACUGCUAGCAACAAUUUCUUAUCUAAAUGUAUAAAAGUAAAAAAUUUAAAAAAUAAAAAAUACACUAAAAAUAAAAAAAAUACUUGCAUUAAAGUUGUAAGCGAUGCAAAAAUAAAUAUUUUAAAAAAUCAUUACAACAAUAAUAGCAAGUAAAAAAUACAUCUUUAGAGCGGGUUUUGUAUUUUAAACAUUUCGUUAUUUUCACAUCUACUUCUAACGAGUUUUAC